UGUGUAAAUGAAAAUUCUUUAUCGUUCACUCUUAGCUUUUUUCUUUUCCGCCAUUUCAGUGUCGUCGUUAUUCUUUAGGGCGGAAAGGCUAUUGUCACCUUGUUUGCGCUCUAAAGGACAUACACACCUUGUAAAAACCCACGUAGUUAUUGUUGCAAGACACAAUGGCACUUAAAAUGAAGAUGAGAAAAAAAUUGGAAUUCGAAGAGAAGCCUCUGUUUAAUGUCGUAACUGUAUAUAGAGAAAGAGGAAAUUACUUGCAACGCCUCGAGCUCUUCGAGAAAGCAAUACAGUCCUAUAAUGAGGCACUAAGGUGGAACAACAAUGAUGUCCCUUCUCUCCUCGGCCGCAGCCAAGCUAGAAGUAAAGUAACACAAUACAAGGGAGCUUUAGAAGACGUGGCUAGAGCAACUGAGUUGGAACCCGAGAAUAUGACCGCACUGCAAAUUCGAGCGAAAACCGAGUACGAAAAGUGUGCUUUUGAGCGCUCCCUGGUAUUGGCACAUCGAGGACUCAAAAUACGCAAGGUCCCACCAGAUUUUGCCGAUUGCGCCGGCAUUGCUGAGGAAACGGUGCGUGAAUGUGUUGGUAAAUCUGCAUUGAAAAUGCUAGCGAAAGUCGAUGCGUCUUUGAUGUUAAGACUAGAGGAUAGGCUAAAGGCAGAACUAGUUGAUGAAGACGCUCCUGUUGCCCUAAAGAGAGUUAGCCGAAUGCAGCCGCAGCCUACUCGACGGAGCCAGGAAAUGUCAAGAGUGGAAUUGCAGAAAUCUCAACAGAUAUCUCGGCUCAUGUCAUCUAAAUACUUAGAAAGGAUGGCGCAUGACAAAUAUUUUCUGGACAAAUUAUGCAGAGAUGAUCGAUUGAUGUCUGCUAAUGUGAAAGAUUCCUUAAAAUUGAAACAGCUAGCUGCGAAAGCUCUUGCUGAUGUUAAAACACGUCAGGACGUAUUACGCGAACGUCGUCCCCUCUACGCCGCGAGAGCAGCUGAAGAGGCUGCAAGAAAACGCUUGCUUAGCCGCCGAAAAGAACAACUAUCUCGAGCGCAAGCGCAACAUAUUACAGACGCUAAUCGUCUCUUGCAAACCACGCAAAAUAUGUACGAGCAACGCGACACUACAAAAUGUCUGGAAAACGCGGAAUUUGCUAUGGAACAAAUCGCAAGAAAACCAGCCCGUUUGCUACCAGGCAAAGAGAAAUUUAUACAGCAAUUGCAAGAUCUUGUUGCCUCUGCUUUCUUGGAUCAGAAACGGGUGUCUCUCAAUAUGAGCGAAUCAGAUCGUGAGAAGCGUGCUUUCGUACUGCUCGGCAUAGCUUUAUCUCGGGAACCAAGUCGGGAUUCCGUACUCCGUGUAAGACCGCCGGCACCACCUCGCGAUGCCAAACGACGUUUGCGCACGUUAGAGCGUUCGCUUAACCUAAGCACCCGUGCAUCAGAACGUUGCUACAUUCUUCACGAGAUCGCACGUUUGCAUGUCGACACCAAGCAAUCGCUGAAAGCGAGAUUCUUUGCUAUGAAAUGCCAAGCAGAAGCGCGUGCCGCAAAUUUGCGCGUCUGGUUGCUAAACUCAACAUUCCUGCUGGCUCGCUGUCACAUCCAGCAGAACAAUCGCCCUGAAGCACGUGCUUCGCUCAUUGAAGGCGCUGCCCUGGCCCGCUCUUACAGACUUGGCAAUGUAGCGGAAUUUUUUGACACAUGUGUAAACGUAUCAACAGAAGGUGAAAUUGAAGCGGCAGAAGCUGAAUUGGAAGAGAGAGAGAAAGCCAUGGUCAGUCUGAUGCAGGAUGAUGAUCUUAAAGCAGCUGCUGAGUAUCUUUUCAGAAGAAUGUCUGUUAUGCCAACAAACAGACGAUUCUCAAUAAUGCCAGGGGCAAAAAUGGAGGACAGCACGCCGAAUGUCAACCGCAGAAUUUCUAUUAAUCCGGCAAUGCAGAAACCUACGCAAAUUGCCUCUAAGAAAACGAAAGUGCUGGGUCUUUCGGAUUUCGAUUACUAAAUAAUGUUUCAUUUUUUUAUGUAGUGUCUAAUCCUGUUCACUAUUUUUGUUUUCAUAAUCACUUUGAACAAUUCCCUCGUAAAGAACCUUCGCGUUCUCAGACACGUGCGAAUUUUUUUAAUACUAAUAAUUGAAAUCAAUAACUAUACACUUACCUGUAAAGGUCUCAAUCGUGUUUAAAGUAUUUAAUCAUUCCAUGAGCAUAAUUGGGUAAUUUUCAAGUUAGUUUUCCC